AUGCCGAACUUCUGUUCCUGCUUCGGGGGAACCCCGACCCACGAGACGGCCGAACGGCCGACCCGCGAGACGGCACAACAAGCGCCGUCUGUGUCCUCCUGGUUCGGAGGCAUUGCGUCGACUUUCGGUGGAGCAGCGGAGCAUGAAUUAAAGCCCGUGGAAAUGAAGGCGGUGGGCGCGGAGGGCGCGCUGCCGCGGUACUCGGAGGAGGAGCUGCGGCGGGCGACGGGCGACUGGCGCACCAAGCUGGGGGAAGGCGGCUUCGGCGCCGUCUACAAGGGCAUGCUGCUGCUGCCGGGGGGGGGAGCGCGUGGGGAAGGGGGAGAAGACGGGGGAGACGGCGAGGGAGGGGGUAGGGAAGGGGACGGGGAGGAUGGGGAGGACGAGGAGGAGGGAGGGGAGGGGGGGCCUGAGGAGGGAUUGGAGGGGUUGGAAGUGGUGGAGAUGGAUGGGAAGCGGUUUGUUCCGGUGGCGGUGAAGAUUUUCUGCCAGGGGAAGGCAGGCAGCGUCAGUCGUCUUUUCUUUGCUCUUGUCAGAUGGAGGGCAUGGUCAACACAGAUGGAGGGCAUGGUCAACACAGAUGGAGGGCAUGGUCAACACAGAUGGAGGGCAUGGUCAACACAGAUGGAGGGCAUGGUCAACACAGAUGGAGGGCAUGGUCAACACAGAUGGAGGGCAUGGUCAACACAGAUGGAGGGCAUGGUCAACACAGAUGGAGGGCAUGGUCAACACAGAUGGAGGGCAUGGUCAACACAGAUGGAGGGCAUGGUCAACACAGAUGGAGGGCAUGGUCAACACAGAUGGAGGGCAUGGUCAACACAGAUGGAAGGCAUGGUCGACACAGAUGGAGGGCAUGGUCAACACAGAUGGAGGGCAUGGUCGACACAGAUGGAGGGCAUGGUCAACACAGAUGGAGGGCAUGGUCAACACAGAUGGAGGGCAUGGUCAACACAGAUGGAGGGCAUGGUCAACACAGAUGGAGGGCAUGGUCAACACAGACGGAGGGCAUGGUCAACACAGAUGGAGGGCAUGGUCGACACAGAUGGAGGGCAUGGUCGACACAGAUGGAGGGCAUGGUCGACACAGAUGGAGGGCAUGGUCGACACAGAUGGAGGGCAUGGUCGACACAGAUGGAGGGCAUGGUCGACACAGAUGGAGGGCAUGGUCAACACAGAUGGAGGGCAUGGUCGACACAGAUGGAGGGCAUGGUCGACACAGAUGGAGGGCAUGGUCAACACAGAUGGAGGGCAUGGUCAACACAGAUGGAGGGCAUGGUCAACACAGAUGGAGGGCAUGGUCAACACAGAUGGAGGGCAUGGUCAACACAGAUGGAGGGCAUGGUCAACACAGAUGGAGGGCAUGGUCAACACAGAUGGAGGGCAUGGUCAACACAGAUGGAGGGCAUGGUCAACACCGAUCAGCAUCUGUGAGCUUACACUUGUUCUCACCCCCCCCUCACCCUCUCCUCUUUUCCCCCACCUUCAGACGGAGAUCAUGGUGAUGACAGCUCUGCGCCAUCCCAACGUGCUGCGGCUGCUGGGGAUUGGCAUGUGGGGGCAUACCAUCUCCAUGGUUUCUGAAUUCGUCCCGGGUGGAGAUGUUUCUCAACGGCUAGGAAAAGCAGCCAAAGGCAUAGAGCCCUUCCCCUGGAAGGAGCGGCUGAGCAUAGCGGUGGGGAGUGUGGCAGGACUGGCAGCAAUUCACAAGGAGGGAUUUAUCCACCGUGAUUUCAAAGCUGCCAACGUGCUUCUAACGAAGGUGAGUGGGCCCCUGUCCCUGUCAUUCGUUGCUAGUCGAGUCGUUGCGUCCGCGCAGCAGAUCUGUCCGUUCACAGGCAAACCCCCAACGAAGCCCGCGAAGCCGCUGUACCGAUGCGUGGCGGAGAGCGAGCUCGCGUGCUGCUCCGCGUGCGCCGACUGGGUCACCGCGGCGACGGUGCUCGGACAGAACGGCACGAGAAUCCUGUCGACGCUCUUCUCUCCAGGCACCACAUUUGACGCGCUCGACAAGUUCAAGGCCACGCCGUUCUGCGGGUUUCUCGCAGGCGGAAGCGACACGUGUCUGCAGCUGAUCGAGGGGCUCUACUGCGCCAUCAUGUGCGACCCUGGCUCGAGCAAGUACCUCUCCGUACAGCUCGCGCCGUCGGGGAAGCUUGCGGACAGCAACGGCACGAUCCGCAUCUGCAACGACUUCUCCAACCGCGUGUACAACGCGUGCCAGUCGCUCGCGUUCCCUGGUGUCGCGCUCACCAUCGCGAGCCUGAUUAAGAACCCUGCGAAAUUCCUUUCAUUGGUUGUGACUCCGCUUGCUAGCACGGCAACACCCGUCAAAUACUUGAACACCGAAUUGGUCCCCUCUGAAAACGGCACAGACAGUUGCUUCCUGACAACACCCGGGGAUAAAUACGCACAAACCCCCCUCUGCUGCGAUAAACUAACGGGUUUCCCCAUGGAAUGCCCGAAAGAUCCGCAAUUUUCCAAUGUGUCAGAAGUGCUUCCGUGGGUUGUGGAUCGGCCCGUGCCUGCUACGUGUGCUGCGACUUCCGAGCCUACAGCCACUGAUUCGGCGGCACCCAGCGCGUCCAACCCCACUGGUUCGGCACCCUCGGGAUCAUCGAACAGUACUGGCUCUGGGGGAAAGAGUGCAGGGUUGAGUAUGAUGCUGAGGGGUGGAGCGUGGUGGGGAUGGUGGCCUGCUGUGCUUGCUGCGCUGGUGCUCCAUACAGUUCUGUUGCAUUGA